UAGUUACUUAAGUUACUUUGUAUAUGUUUUCACCAGAACAAUAUGCUAAAAGGUAGAAUUUAUUUUAAGAUUUAUAGAUCCAUGUGUGUUUAUAUACAGACUUUCCAGAAAACAGCCUCCGGGGGAAAAGUAAGUUUUCGAUUGGCUUCUCAGUCUACGGGUUACGACAUGAACGUGGUGACGUGUGUUACUGGAUUAAGAACGUCUGUAGCGUGUGCUGUCUCGGUGUUUCAGGAUGCCGUAAAAGAUGAGAGUCAAAUAAGUUCCACAUAAAACUGGGAGAUGUUCUAAUGAAAGGAAAAGAGCAUAAUAGAAAAUAAACAACAUUAUAGCCCAUUCUCAAACUCAUAUGGAACAAGUCUCUGCUGCUAGUUACUUUGCAUUAUUUCUUCCCUUUAUGACUGGUUCAGAAAUACUGUGCAUGCAAAGUGUUUUUUCAAGGAGAUGGCUACCCCAUUUGUCCCUGUUCCAGUUCCCAUGGAUAGUGCAUCACCAGGUAUAGCCAGAAGCAGAAGCCAAAGAAGUUCCUCAUUUGGUAGCAUCUCCACCAGCUCCAGUUCAUCCAAGAGCCAGGCUGAAGACUGUGUUACAGGCAGCAAUAAAAAGAGUAGCACUUCUGAGCAGCCUAGUUCUACUCCACCACAAUGUAAAAGUCCAGUCAUCAGGACUAAACUUAAUGGUGCAGACUCUUCAAUUGAAUACUCAAACUCUCCCGGUGGACAAACCUCAGAAUCAACCAGCUGGGAGGACAGACCCUCUACGCCAACUGUGCUGGGCUAUGAGGUGAUGGAGGAAAGAGCCAAGUUCACAGUUUACAAGGUCCUGGUAAGGAAAAGUCCAGAGGAGAGUUGGGUGGUCUUUCGAAGAUACACAGAUUUCUCACGGCUGAAUGAUAAGUUGAAGGAGAUGUUUCCAGGUUUCCGUCUCGCUCUUCCUCCAAAGCGCUGGUUCAAGGACAAUUACAACUCAGACUUCCUGGAAGACAGACAACUGGGACUGCAGGCAUUCCUACAGAAUCUGGUAGCUCACAAAGACAUUGCUAACUGCCUCCAUGUGCGUGAGUUUUUGUGCCUAGAUGACCCCCCGGGUCCAUUUGAUAGCCUGGAGGAGAGUCGGGCUUUCUGUGAAACUCUUGAAGAAACCAACUACAGACUGCAAAAAGAACUAAAUGAAAAGCAGAAAGAAAUAGAAAAUUUGAAGACAAAAAUAGAAGAAAAACAACAACGUAUAGAUUUUUUGGAAAACGGGAUCAAGGAUGUUUCAUUUAGCCAAGAAAACCGCUGCAGACCAUCAGAGCAGGGAAGUGAGUGCAGUGGAGAUGUGGAGUCCUCUGCAGUGGAAGCAGACCAAGAAAUGGGAGAGGAAAAUAGUCCUGGAAUACAUGCAGCCUGCUGGUGUGGACCUGCAUCAGGAAACUCUCCUCCUGUGAUUGAAGUUGCUCAAGCUGCAGAACCUUUUGAAAAACAUUGAUUAGGUUUUUCUAAAGCUGCGUUUUGAAUAUUUAGUUUUUACUUGCAGUGCUGCUCAAGACUUAUUACUAGAUUAUGCAGAAAUAAAUUUUGUCAGCAAACAA